ACAGCUUCGGGUAGAGCAGCGGUAAAACGUCCGCGCGAUCGAUCUUUCAGGUUCAAGAGCUCGCGCACGCUCGUGCACGCCACGCUUUCUCGUGAUCUUGACAGAUAAAUCGAUAAAUCCGCGUGGCACCGCGACCAGUCGCGAAAAUGCAGCUCGAGAGAGCGCGGGGACAGGCGUGUAUUGAAAAAUGCCGCGUUUCCGCGACCCGGCGGAACACACUUCCUGUACAAUUAGUCACGGCAGCGGCGCAACGACACACCGCGAUCGCGUACCCGUUCGCACACGAGAGGAAAACCGGUGGAGCACCGCGCCGACGACGAUCACGAGGCGAAGUGGACGAGAACGAAGAUAGAAUUCGUCGGAGACGCGAAACAGCGGCACGCGAGUUAGAAGAGACUGAAGCUACAUGGUCCCUGGGGACGAGGAGCAGCGGCAUGAACGGACGAGGAGCCGGCGACGGCGAAGGAGCGCUGCUCCUGCUCCUCAUCGCAUUGACUCCUGUUAUCUGCUCCGCCGGAAUCCUGGACCCUUGGCAAUGGGCGCGCAGCGAUCGGAUCGAAGUCAACAUACCUUGGCUGCCUUUUGAGAACGAGACGCGCUGCUACGACGAGCUGGGCUGCCUGAACAUCACCAGAAACUGGUACCACCUCAUUCACAGGCCGCUCAACGUUUUCCCAUUGCCGCGGGAGGUCAUCAAUACCAGAUUCAUCCUCUACACGAAUCAGAACCCUAUUGAAGGUCAAGUGUUGAAAGUAUCCAAGGAUAAGUCUAUCGAGCACUCGAACUUCAAUCCCAAGCGCAAAACUAAAUUUAUCAUACACGGUUUUAUUGACACGCCGUUAAGCAACUGGGUGAAGGAGAUGAGAAGCGAGCUGUUGGUACACGGCGACUACAAUGUUAUCGUGGUCGACUGGGCAGGUGGAAGUCUGCCUUUGUAUACCCAAGCGACGGCGAACACGAGAUUGGUCGGGCUGGAGUUAGCUCAUCUCAUUAAACAUUUGCAAACUAAUUACGGCUUGGAACCGAACGACGUGCACUUGAUCGGCCACAGUCUUGGCGCGCACACGGCCGGUUACGCGGGCGAAAAAUUGAGCGGCAACAUCGGCCGCAUCACCGGUUUGGAUCCCGCGGAACCUUACUUUCAAGGGAUGCCGAGUCACCUUCGAUUGGACUACACGGACGCCCGGCUGGUGGAUGUAAUACACACUGACGGCAAGAGCAUCUUCUUUUUAGGCCUUCCAGGUUACGGGAUGAGUCAGCCGUGCGGCCACUUGGACUUCUACCCGAACAACGGCAAGGAACAACCGGGAUGCACCGACCUGAGCGAGACCACGCCGUCGUUACCUCUGACUCUGAUACGCGAGGGUCUCGAGGAGGCGUCGCGCGUCCUGGUCGCCUGCAAUCAUGUGCGUGCAUUGAAGCUCUUCAUCGAGAGCAUCAACUCCAAGUGCCAGUAUGUGGCACACGAGUGCUCGAGCUACGCCAGCUUCCUGCGGGGCGAAUGCUUCUCCUGCAAGAGCAACAACAGCUUGAGCUGCGGCGUCAUGGGUUACCACGCCGACACAAGUCCGGCCCUGGUGAAGCGCCAGGCGAUGGGACAGGACGUCUCGUCCUUGUUGGGGUCCAAGUUCUUCUUCAUCACCGGCAAGGAGGAUCCAUACUGCAGAAGGCAUUAUAGGAUCACCAUCAACCUCGCCCGUCCGCCGACCGCGGAGAGCUGGGUGCAGGGCUUCAUGAAAGUCACUCUCCACGCCGACAACGGCGUGAUACGCAACAUGGAUCUAACGCCCAGUGGUUACAUGAGACUGGAACACGGCUCGACGGCACGAAUGGUCGUGGCCCAUCCGACCGGUUCCAUCGGCAACAUCGGUAAGAUCAGGCGAGUCGAGCUCUCCUGGGUGUACGACAUGGACGUGCUGCAACCUCGUUCUCUGUGCUUCUUCUGGUGCAACGAUCACCUUUACGUCAACAGUGUCUCCGUGGACGUCAUGGAUCUACCGGGCAGAGGGAAACGGGAGACGGAUUUCUCCAGUAAGCUCUGCUCGGCUGGCAGGCAGGAGUACGCGGAAAUCGCGAGCGGAUCCACCGCCUCGUUCGUCGACAACUGCUGACGAUCCGUCCGGGAGAGCGCCGUGUGCGGAUGAAGCGCGCUCAGAGACGUCGUCGACCCGCAAUAAUUACGAAGCGCCAACAGCUGCCGCUUCCAUCCGCUUCCAACCGGCGGUUCUCGAAAGUCGGACGAUGAUUAAGCGAAGUAUGCGCUCGCCUGGGGAAUAGUCGGGAUCGUGGGCCCUCGUCGUAAUAAUCUCGUCGCCGUAAUUCCUUUCGCUAAUGAUACGGUGGGAGGUGAGGGCUUUAUACCGUUUGACUUUCUUCCUAUUUAUCGCGACUGACCGACCGACCCGAGCGUCGCUUUCUUCAAACACACUCUGACGCGCCGACCGCUCGCUAAUUAGCGUCUCACCGAACUUGUGGAGGCGAUUGCGAGUCUUGCGGAUGGACGACGGCGGGACGGGAUAACGCGAUUCGCCGAGAGCCGCUUACACGAGUUCCUAAAGAGAUCUGUCCACGCAGUCGGCGAAAAUGAAAUUCUGAUCGCGCGUAACGCCACUCGGGGCCUGGCGAUUGCGAAAGAAUUCGCAGGCGACGAAAUUCUCGGACGUCUGACGUCUGAAAUUGUGAAAGAGCGCGGGCGCGCCACCGACGCACAGUGGCAACAAGUGAAUAUUUACCGUUCAAAAAUAGCUACAGAUCGUAAGGUAAAAGUAAAGUAAAAAUAAGGUAAAUGUCCGGACAUACACUUAAUCCUUAUUUACAUUUUUAUUGAGCAUAUAUAUAUAUAUAUAUAUAUACACAUUCUACGUUGAAAGUUUAAAUAUUCGUAUUUAAAUACUAAAAUAGUAAGAAUGUCCAGGAUUAUAUGUCCGGGAAUUGGUACUUUUACCUUAAUUCUUAAGAUUCUUGUGUACUUGCAUCGUCUCUCACUUUUUAAUGACGUCAGAAGCGAGAAAAUGUAUGCAAAAAAUUCUUGCGAAAUACGUCGAGAUAAAAAGAUAUAUCCGUAAAAUGUCACUUAUGAUCGAUCAAGCAUACUUCUAAAAUAUUCCGUAUACUUUCCUUUUAUUCUAAAAAUCAAUAAAAUUGUAAAAUUAAUAUGACAGAGUAAUGAGAAAAUUAGGUUAAAAAAGAAGAUUGCAAUUCACGUUAAUUUCAUGGUUAUUCAUUAAUUGUUAGAGCAAAAGGAAAGUGCCCGGAAUAUUUUAGAGAUGUGUUUAAUCGACUGCAAGUGUCAUUUUGUGAAUAUAUCUUUUGUUAUCUCGACAUAUAUAUUUUGCAAAAAAUCUUAACAUGCGUUUCCUUCUUCCUGACGUCAUUAAAAAAAGAGAUGGACGAUGUGAAUGGCCAAGAAACUUAACCGAGAAAUCGAAACGAAUAUUUUUUUAAAAUUAAUCGUUAAUAAAUUUCGAAGAAAACUGUAAAACUAACUCGAUUGUUAAAAAAGAUCUCCUGAAAUUUGCAAUAUUAAUAACAAUCUGAAAAUUAUUGUUAACUAGAAGUUGAAUUAGAAGAAUAUUAUUUUUAAAACUGCUUUUGCACUAAGCUACUUUAUACGUUGAGGUCGCUGAAUACAAAUCUGAUGUUAGAAUUAAAACUUGACUAUAGGCACUUGUCAAUUUCGCUGUCAACUUUAAAAAAAAUUGCAUGUCUUUUAGCGAAAGGACACAUUAGAGAUUUUGGAGAUUGCUGAAUACAAAUCUCAUGUAAGAAUUAGGCUGACAGCUAUCAAUAUAUGUUUAAAAAUCGAGCUUCACAGUUCUCUUCAAAAUUUGUUAAUGAUUAAUUUCAAGAAAGAUUUGUCUCGACCGGUUAAGAAUUAUGCUCUGUAGCGAUUUUGAACAAUAAAUUUUCAUUUAUCCCCACUAUGACGCGAAGAAUCGACCUGACUUUUCACUACUCUCGACGAAUGAUUUCUUCUUCAGUAUUACGAUCGGUGUGUUUGCUGUCAUGUACAUCUUGUAUAUAAUGUUAGACGUUAACGUUAAGACUAAUCUCCCUUCUGGAUGUGAUUCUCAUCGUUAAUUUGCAGUGAUUGCUACUGUAUAAGAUAUUCUUAUUAAGCCAUUAAUGCGUGUAUUAAGGCACGUCUGCAAUACACGCGAAGUAAGCUUGGCGUAAAAAAGUUAGAGUAAAAAUUAUUUAUUUCCCUAGCCCUCUCCCUUACACCGCGAGUAUUUCUCUUACUUAAGAGAAUUAUUCUGGAGUACAGAAGGAUAUGUAAA